AGGGGCUGGGCUGGGGGCAACUUGGACAGCUAUCACCCCCUUUAUGACUUAGCUCUGUGACCUCCCAGUCCUGCCUUGCAGCGCGAGGUGUGCCCUCUGGGGCACACGGCUAUGUCCUGGCUUUGCCCGGAGUGUUAAAGGUGCUCACAGCGAAGUUGGUGUCCACCGUAGGGCGGCUGCUCACUUAUUCUCGGAGGACAGUCCUGCUUGGGUGAGCCAGCCAAAAUUCUUGUCAUGGGUCCAUCUCCCAGGUUCUGGAGCCCCUGGAACCCAAUUUGCUGCUUGUUAAGAAGAGACUGGAUGGUUUCCAAUCAGCCCAGUCAUCAGCCAAUGGUGGGGGAGGGGGUUGGGAAUGGUGUUCUGGGUGGUCAGGGUUGGCUAGACAGGAGGAGGACCCACCGUCACUGAUUGGGCAGACCUAGCCAAUGACUACACAAAGUGGGUGUUUUCGACCAGGAUAUUUUCUUCCCUGGACUCUGCUUAAAUGGGCACUGCUAGAGUUUGUCUUUCAAACUGCCCAUCCACGACCAGUAGACAACCCUUAUGAGCCAUAACAUGGGCUUAUGUUUAACUGUUUAAGAGUGGGGCCUUAGUGCUCACUUCGGCAGCACAUACACUAAAAAAAGAGAGUGGGACCUUGGAGUCAGACCCGGGUUCCAGUUCUGGCCCUAAUGUGUUAUGAUGCAAAUUAUUUGACAUCUUGGAGGCUUAUUUACCUCACCUGUGGUUUUUGAGGAUACCACCUUGCCACUACCGCCAAAAAGUUUCCUUAUUUUUGCCUUGAGGGCUGUAUGUAACUUCAAUUACGUUUUAUCUGCAGUUGACUCAAACGAUCUGUUUUACUAUUUCCAGGUUAUUGUGGAGUGGGGGUGGGGAGGAGUGCACUCUGCCUUGGCCACUGUUUCCCCCAUAUACCGUCUUUCCAUUUGUCCCCAAGGACCUGCAGAUGCCAUCCUGUCUCAUCAGGCUCCAGCCACACUGGCUGCCUUUAGUUUCCCAGAAAGUUUCUUACCCUCCUUGGCUAUUGCGGAGGCUUGCCUCUCUGGAAUGCUAUUCCUCCCCUCUUCCCUAGCUAACUCCUGACCUCCUUUGCAUUCUAUAAGGCUUUGGAUUAAAUGUCAUAUCUUCAGAGGACAUUCUUGACUGCCUUAUCCACAAUAUGCCCCCUUCCUGGUUUUAGUUCAUUGCCCUUAUCAUGCUUAUAGCUCUUUUAUACUUUUGUUGCUUACUUUUUGUUUCCUCUGCAUUGGGCUGUGAACUCCAUGAGGUCAGGGACCAGCCUAGCCUAUCGCAUAGCACGUGGUCCUCUAUAAAUACUGUGGAAUUGGAAGUGUUGGCUGAGGAACCGUGGCACUGGUGAUAGUAACUGGUAGCCUCGUGAUGUACGCGCUUCCACCAUCAGUGCUAUGCUCAUCAAGUGUCUGGGGCAGGUGAGACUCCUGCUUGGCAAAUCCUGAAAACCUUAGAACCAGCCCGCCCUCCAGAGAGUGACGAGAAGUGGUUUCCAAGGUGACAAUAAACAGGGGGCGGAGCCUCGGAAUGUAGGGCCCAACUAGGGCUUCCGCAGGGCCCACCCCGGAGAGAAGGCGGCGUGGGGAAGGGGCGUAUGCAGGGUCCCCGCUCAGUGCUGCUCCUGAGCGCGGGGGAGCCGAGGGUCUCACACCGAGGCUCCGCCGCCUGGUACCGUCAGGAGGGUGGCCCCAUAUGCAGCUGGCUGGGGAAGCCGCAGCCGCCCGAGCCAUGCACCAGUUCCACAGUCCCAUGGCCCUGGGAACGCCACUCGAUGUUAGGGCCUCCAGAGACGCAGCCGUGGCCGCGGCCCGCCUCCAUUUGGCCCAGUGAGGCUUGCGCUGGCUGCGAACGCCGGUCCCGCAGCCCCGCCUUAGCUCACAGCCCAUGCCGCGCCUUCGAGUUGCUCACCCACUGCACUCACGCCCAGGGCUCCACAGAUCUACGUCCCCUCGGACCCUCGCACACCCGGGUCCUAGAUGAUGCCCCGCUGCAGGACGGUCCCCUUGUCCUCUGGCCAGGAUUGUCGAAGGCGUCUCAUCACAUGGGCCGGCUGAGAAAAGCCAAGAUCUAUGUAGAGAAAGCUGUCAAGAAGAAGAUCUUUAUGAUCCAAGGUCACUACCCAGUAAUCCGGUGCCUCUUGCGCCAGAGGGGCUGGGUGGAGAAGAAGAUGGUCCGUUCCUCAGGCGCCACCCUGCUGCCCCCACAGAAGGAUCUGGACAGCUCAGUAAUGGAUGAUAGCAACACCACUGAGGAUGAAGAUGAAGAUGAGGACGAGGUAUUCCAGACACCACAACUGUUUGACUUCGAUGACGCACAGGAAUUUGAUGACCCAGAUGGGACACACGCUCUGAUGUCCCGCAUGGUUCGGAAUGAGAUCCCCUACUUCAUCUGGACCACUCGGCGGGAUGUGCUGGACUGUCGCUUCCUCUCUAAGGAUCAAAUGAUAAACCACUAUGCCCGGGCUGGCUCCUUUACCACAAAGGUGGGUCUAUGUCUCAAUCUCCGGAACUUGCCGUGGUUUGAUGAGGCUGAUGCUGACUCCUUCUUUCCACGCUGCUACCGCCUGGGGGCUGAGGAUGACAAAAAAGCCUUCAUAGAGGACUUCUGGUUGACAGCUGCCCGAAACGUUCUCAAGCUGGUUGCAAAGUCCGAAUGGAAGUCACAUUCUAUCCAGGCAGAAGAGGAAGAGGCCCCACAAGACCAGCAGCCCACGACACAGGAGCAAAAGCCGGUGAAGGUGUCCCCAGAGUUUGUGGAUGAGGCUCUGCGCGCCUGUGAGGAGCACCUUAGCAACCUGGCCCACCUGGACAUUGACAGGGACUUGGAGGCCCCGCUGUACCUCAGCCCUGAGGGCUGGGCCCUCUUCCUCCAGCGCUACUACCAAGUGGUCCAUGAGGGGGCAGAGCUCAUGCACCUCGAUGCUCAUGUCCAGCGCUGUGAGGACGUCCUGCAGCAGCUCCGGGCCGUGUUGCCCCAGAUGGACAUGGAAGGAGAUCGCAACAUCUGGAUCGUGAAACCAGGAGCCAAGUCCCGUGGCCGAGGCAUCAUGUGCAUGGACCACCUGGAGGAGAUGCUGAAACUAGUGGAUGGCAACCCCAUGAUGAUGAAGGAUGGCAAGUGGGUGGUACAGAAAUAUAUUGAGCGGCCUCUGCUCAUCUUUGGUACCAAGUUUGACCUGAGACAGUGGUUCCUGGUGACCGACUGGAACCCACUUACUGUGUGGUUCUAUCGAGACAGCUACAUCCGCUUUUCCACACAGCCCUUCACCCUGAAGAACCUGGACAACUCGGUGCACCUGUGCAACAACUCCAUCCAGAAGCAUCUGGAGAAUUCAUGCCAUCGGCACCCGCUGCUGCCCUCAGACAACAUGUGGUCCAGCCAGAAGUUCCAGCUCUACCUGCAGGACAUGGGGGCCCCAAAUGCUUGGUCCACUGUCAUCGUGCCUGGCAUGAAGGCUGCAGUGAUCCAUGCUUUGCAGACCUCCCAGGACACUGUGCAGUGUCGGAAGGCUAGCUUUGAGCUCUAUGGCGCCGACUUUGUGUUUGGUGAAGACUUCCAGCCCUGGCUGAUUGAGAUCAAUGCCAGCCCCACCAUGGCACCCUCCACGUCUGUCACCACCCACCUGUGUGCUGGUGUGCAAGCUGACACCCUGCGCGUGGUCAUUGACUGGCGGCUGGACCGAAACUAUGACACGGGAGCCUUUGAGCUCAUCUACAAGCAGCCUGCUGUGGAGGUGCCCCAGUAUGUGGGUAUCCAGCUUCUAGUAGAGGGCUCCACCAUCAAGAAGCCCUUGGCGAUAUGUCACCGGCGGACCGGGCUCCGCACAGCGCUUCCUCAAUUGCUGACCCAGCGAGACUCUGGGGAAGGCAAGGACUCGGGGAUCUUUAUCCACAUGUCAGCUCCUAGGAAAGUUCCUGGGGACAGGAGCCUGGAGCACUCCGAGAAGCCAGACUUCACUGCCACCACAUCGACCACUGAAAAGGGGAAGAAAGGCAAGGCAAAAAGUUCUACAGUCCUGGUCCACUCCAGUAUCCAGAAGUGGGACUCACCCAACCCAAGGAUGGGCUGCAUUUUCACCAAGACCUUUGUUAGUGAUAAUAGGCAGGCCCACCCCUUGAACAGAUUGCCACUGAGUCUGAAGAACCCCCAGGCCCUGGCUAAGACCACUCUGCCAAAACACCCCAGGACCCCAAGGCAAUUUCUCCCUGCUCUUCAAGCCUCUCCUAACUACCUGAAUUUUCCCACUACCCACAGCCCCACCAAAGAACUACCAGUAGCAAGUAAAAGUCACCACUUACAAAGUAUUUUUUAAAAAACACACAACCAAGUAUUGUCCCUUCCAAAGGAGUCACCCUGCAAGACAGUUAUUUCCACAAUGCCAGGACUCACUCCCUGGUGGCUCUCUUCCCAGAGCCCAAGUUUUUCCUGCCACAGUGUUCUGCCUUUGCCUCCCUGCACAGUUGCCUCUGAAGGAAAAGAACUAACAUGUACUCAGCCCUUAACAGCUUACACUGUUUUGCUAUAUAACCAGCUCCUUUAGUCCUUACAGCCUAAUGAGGUAGGUGCUAUUAUCCCCAUUUUCCAGUCAAGGAAUCAGGAAGUUUAAGAAAGUUGCUCAAAGUUGCGUAUCUCAAAAGGGGCAGAGAUGGGAUGCAGACCCAGGUCUGUUGGACUCCAACUCUUGCGUCCUA